AGGUGAGUUGGCCCUCAUCGCGAUCCGUAGCAGGAAGCGGCGGCUCAGCGCAUGCCGGGAAUUGUAGUUCAUUUAAAGGAGACUGCGCGGCGCGGGAGGCCCUCCGGAGGGAGCUGUAGUCCCAGUGCCUGUGCUGGGCAGAGCGUAGGACGGAGGCUGAUGGCUGCCGUGGCGGUGGCGGUUCGCGAGGACUCGGGAGCCGGGAUGAGGGCGGAGCUCGCCCCGCGGCCGGGGGCAGCGGCGGGGAGGGAGCUGACCCCAGAAGAGAAGCUGCAACUGCGGAAGGAAAAGAAACAGCAGAAGAAGAAGCGCAAGGAGGAGAAGGGGGCGGAACCGGACCCCGGCUCUGCCGCCCCCGCGGCGCCAUGUCAAGCGCCAACCAAAGAGCCGCCGGCACCGGGCAGUCACCUGGGCGCUGCGGGCGAGAAGGUGCCAGCUGGCAGGAGUAAGGCCGAACUGCGCGCCGAGCGGCGGGCCAAGCAGGAGGCCGAGAGGGCCUUGAAACUCGCGAGGAAAGCGGAGCAAGGAGGGCAGCCCGCUCAGGCCGGUCCCAGCUCAGCUAGAGACACCCCCUCAGGACCAAAGCGACUCCCCGAGCACACUCAGGCUGAUGACCUCACGCUUCUGAGGCGGCUUGUGAAAAAACCAGAGCGACAGAAGGUUCCCACACGAGAGGACUAUGGAUCCAAAGUCAGUCUGUUCUCCCACCUCCCCCAGUACAGCAGGAAGAACACUCUGACCCAAGACAUGAGCAUCCCAUCCUCUGUGAUCCACCCAGCCAUGGUGCGGCUCGGCCUGCAGUAUUCCCAGGGCCUGGUCAGUGGCUCCAAUGCCCGCUGCAUCGCCCUGCUCGGUGCCCUGCAGCAGGUGAUUCAGGAUUACACCACGCCUCCCAACGAAGAGCUUUCCCGGGACCUGGUAAAUAGGCUGAAGCCCUACUUCAGCUUCCUGACUCAGUGCCGCCCCCUGUCAGCGAGCAUGCACAAUGCCAUCAAGUUCCUUAACAAGGAGAUCACGGGUGUGAGCAGCUCCCAGCGGGAAGAGGAGGCCAAGUCAGAACUUAGAGCAGCCAUCGAUCGGUAUGUGAAAGAGAAGAUUGUGCUUGCUGCCCAGGCCAUUUCCCGCUUUGCUUGUCAGAAGAUCAGUAAUGGAGAUGUGAUCCUGGUUUAUGGAUGCUCAUCUCUGGUAUCUCGGAUUCUUCAGGAGGCUUGGGCUAAGGGCCAGCGCUUCCGGGUGGUGGUGGUGGACAGCCGGCCCCGGCUGGAGGGAAGGCACACACUACGUUCCCUUGUCCGUGCUGGGGUCCCUGCCUCCUACCUGCUGAUUCCUGCAGCCUCCUAUGUGCUCCCUGAGGUCUCUAAGGUGCUACUGGGAGCUCAUGCACUCCUGGCCAAUGGGUCUGUGAUGUCCCGAGUGGGGACAGCUCAGCUAGCCCUGGUGGCACGAGCCCAUAAUGUGCCAGUGCUGGUCUGCUGUGAGACAUACAAGUUCUGUGAGCGUGUGCAGACUGACGCCUUUGUCUCCAAUGAGCUGGAUGACCCUGAUGACCUGCUGUGUGAGCGAGGAGAGCGAGUGGCCCUAGCUGACUGGCAGAACCAUCAGUCCCUACGAUUACUAAACCUGGUCUAUGACGUGACCCCCCCAGAACUGGUGGACCUGGUGAUCACGGAGCUGGGGAUGAUCCCCUGUAGUUCUGUACCUGUUGUCCUACGAGUCAAGAGUAGUGACCAGUGAGUGGGGGGGGCAGGGGUCAAUAAACAGAUUCCCGACAUUC